GGGGAGGGUGUGUUUACCUUGACGUCACAGCAGUUUGCCGAGGGGAUCAAGCUUACAUCAUGUUUCAUGGGAUACCAGUCACCGGAGGAGUGGGAGGAGCUCCGGCCAAUAAACCAGAGUUAUAUGAGGAAGUGAAACUGUACAAAAAUGCCAGAGAAAGGGAGAAGUAUGACAACAUGGCCGAGUUAUUUGCUGUUGUGAAGACCCUUCAGGCCCUGGAAAAGGCUUACAUCAAAGACUGUGUCACACCUAAUGAAUACACUGCUUCCUGCUCCAGACUGUUGGUUCAGUAUAAGGCUGCUUUUAAACAGGUGCAGGGCUCUGAUGUUGGCUCCAUUGAUGAUUUCUGCAGGAAAUACAGACUUGAUUGCCCACUAGCCAUGGAAAGGAUUAAGGAGGAUCGGCCAAUCACCAUCAAGGAUGAUAAGGGAAACCUGAACCGCUGCAUUGCAGAUAUAGUUUCUCUCUUCAUCACUGUGAUGGACAAGCUGAGACUGGAGAUCAGGGCCAUGGAUGAGAUCCAGCCAGACCUGAGGGAGCUGAUGGAAACCAUGAACAGAAUGAGCAACAUGCCUCCAGAUUCAGAGGCCAAAGACAAAGUCAGCCUCUGGUUGACUACCCUCAGCAGCAUGUCGGCCUCAGACGAGUUGGAUGAUAAUCAAGUUCGUCAGAUGCUGUUUGAUCUGGAGUCGGCCUACAAUGCCUUCAACCGCUUCCUACACUCCUCCUAAAGCACAGAUCAGUCAUCGAUGCCAUCUGUCUGAUAUUCUGACUCUAAUAUCUCUUAAGUUAAAAAAUAAAAAACUCUACUUUCUCCUUACGUUUAUCUGGAGAAAGUUUUUCUGCCUCAUAUUCCUGAAAUUCUUCCUUCCAUCCUUUAUUUAUGUUAUCUAUUAUUCAAAAUUCCCCUUGUAUUACUCCUCUGGGUCUGGUACAUCAUGCUCUGUGCAGCCUUGUUCACCAGGCUUCUCCUGUGCUGUGAGAUUCUCAUUUGGCCUCUUUUGUAGCCAAAUCUGUGUGACAUAUCCUGUAAUGUUGACUGUUUAUUCUGCCCUGGACUUUACAAUGUUUUCUCCUAACUUUGUACUGAAAUAUCAAAAAAGGUCUAAUUUUAUACUUAAGUUUUGCAGAGCACCAAAAUACAAGCACUAUACAGUAUAAUUAGGCAAAAUCUGCAAGCGAAGAAACAGUUGUAUCAGCCAAUGCCUUUGUAUUAUUGACAAUUUGAAAAUACAUAUUUUUCUUUUUGGUACCCAUAUAGAAUUCACUACCUGCAACUUGGGGUCAGAUUAGCAGUUUGUGUUCUGCAAAAUAUUUUUUUUGUUCUUCCUUCAGAUUUUUUGAUAUUAACAAUAGUUUUUGUCAGAAGAACAGAAGAUGUUGGAUAAUUAGGGGGGCAGCUAAACUAUAGUUUCACUUAAAAAUGAUUAGCCUGCACUGAAAUAAUAAUUGAACAUUUGAUGGAAGGAAUUAUUUAUGUGCAUCUUCUGAACUGUUUUUCUGUUUACUUGCAUAAUCCUUGUUUCCUUUAGAAGUGAGGGUUUGGCCACAUUGAGUGGGCAGAAGCAAAGUGGACACACCCCCAUCAUGUUUUUGCUUGUUAAAUAUGUUUUCAACCCUCAAACACAAUUAGGGAGAACAUAUUUAUUAAGGUUUAUCAUUGUAAAUAAUAGUUGAUUUUUAAAUAAGAGCAUGUAACACCCUUUAGAAAUAAAGAUAAAAAAUCUACCUCCAA